AUGUCCAACAAACCCUCCUACGCUGCUAUCGUGUCCAACAGUCCACCCAAGUCGGACCGUCAGGGACCCCAAGUCGGUGUCGAGGGUGCAGGUGCAAGUGCGGGACCAAGCGAUGCUCCCCCUCCAUAUACCGAACCAGGCCAUCCUCAUCCCAAUCCUUCCAUCCCACAUCAAACGAUACUUCCCCAACCUCCAGCUCAACAGCAGAGAUACACCCAGGAUGUAGAAUCUCAUCAGUCAUCCAGUGGAUGGACACCCCCACCUUCUUAUGCAGUAGCUAGGUCAAGAGCGUUGAAAAGAUUUUGGAUGGCGUUCUUCUGGGCUUGGUUAAUCUGGAUAUUCGUAGGACUUCUCAUCGGCGGUGGAGUCUCGGACAUCUCGAACGAUCGUUCAAGGGGCCAUCACGGACAUUGGGACAAACAUGGCGAUUGGCACGAUGACAAUGGGAAAGUAUACUUUGAGGACGUAGGUGUAUCAUCGAUGUUUGCUAAAGUGAAAGAUAAGGCCAUUGCGGUGUUACCUGAUUAUUUGUAG